ACAUAAUGCCUAUCCAAUGCAUAUCACUAGGAUUCUACUACUUGUCAUUGGCCUAUAUAAUCACAUACAAAGAAAGGUUUAUCAUAACAGCUCUCACCAAAACUUGAAAUCAUACAAAGCUUUCCUCUGCUUUCAAAGUCAUUUUACAAGUUCUUUCCUUCCUUAUUUGCUCAUCUAUAUUGAACUAAACGACCAUGGCUAUCCGUAUGCCUCGUAUAAUCAAGAAGUCUUCUACAAAUGGAGACGUUCCGAAAGGCCACUUUGCUGUUUAUGUCGGGGAGAAGCAAAAGAAGAGGUUUGUGAUCCCCAUAUCAUUCUUGAGCCAACCUUUAUUUCAAGACUUGCUUAGUCAAGCUGAGGAAGAAUUUGGCUUUGAUCAUCCAAUGGGCGGUGUCACAAUUCCCUGUAGUGAGGAUGUGUUCAUUGAUCUUACUUCUCGCUUGAAUAGGAUCUGAGGCCUUUCCUUUCACAAUUUUGUAAAGAACUAACCUGGAUUUCCAGUUUGUACAUCAGAAGAGUUAGAAAAGACAUCAUAUAUAUACCGCGUCUUAGAAAAUUAGAUAGAGGGGAUUACUGUCAGAUACAACAGUAGAUCCCAAUCGAAUUGUAAUAUUCAGUAGUUUAUGAAAUGAAAUCUUUUCAUACACAUUUUUAUCCAAUUUGGUUUGAUAGUAA